AUGCUGGCGAUCCUCUCGGUGCUCAGUGCUGUGAACCAGGCCAUUUGCUACUCGUACGCGCCCAUUUCCACCAUCGUCGAGGAGAGAUGGGAACAGCGACUCCUCCCUGAGCACCUCAUCACCGUCUACUUCGUGUCCUACAUCCCGUGCACCUUCAUCGGGUCGUGGAUCAUGGACCGGAAGGGUCUGGCCUAUGGGGUGAUACUUGGAGGAGUACUGCAGACGCUGGGGGCUGGAUUGCGGUACUUCGCCUGCGUGUUCGAGCCCCAAGAGGAAGUUUACGUGACGCUGGCGGGUCAAACCAUCGCGUCCUUGGCCAUGCCGUUCAUGGUGAACUCGCCCCCGCUUCUGUCCGCGAACUGGUUCCCCAUGUCCAUGCGAGCGGCGUCCACCAGCGUGGCUCUCAACGCCAACGCAUUGGGCACUGCGCUUGUUUACUUAACAGCCCCGUUCAUCGUUCGUUCUGGCGAUGAUGUUCCAGACUGGAACCUGUACCUUGCGCUGCUCUCGCUGAUGUCGUGCGUGGUCGCCGGCGUCUUCUUUCGCUCAGAUCCGAAAUCUGGAUCCAGAAAUUCGACUUCAGCUUCGUCUAGUUCGACUACAGGGGCCAUCAAGUACGAUUGGAGUCAAUGGUGGACGGCGUUCACGCACUGUGGCUUCUGGCACACGAUCGUGGCCUUUUCACUGGCGGAGUGCAUCAUCAACGCGUUUAGUGCGCUCUUGGACAAGUUUCUGGGCGUUGCGCCGGUGUCCAAGACCCAGAUCGGCAUUGUCGGGGCGGCGUUCAUUGUGAGCUCGCUGGUGGGGGGCCAGAUCAUCAGCCAGCAGGUCGACAAGAAGCGGAACCACAAGGUCGCGUCGCUCAUUUGCUUACUGGUGACGGCCUUGUCCGUCGCACUGUUCGGAUUGAUUCCCAAGGCGGAGAUCCACGCGUCCCUUGUCUGUCUACUCGUACUGGGGGCUGUGCUCGGAGCGAUUCAGCCGAUUGUACUGGAACUCGGAGUGGAGUGUGCCUUCCCGACGAGCGAAGCCACCGUCGCAGCGCUCCAGCAGCUCUGCGGGAACUUCUUGUCGGCCAUUGCGGUGCCUGGUCUGAGUGCGCUGCAUAGGAUGAGCGUGGACGCUUCAGCAAUGGCAAGUACAAGCGAUACGCUCACGAAUCCAAGAUCGUCCUGCCUCGGGUUAACCCAGACCAAGUUGUGA